UAGAAUCAAAAGCAAAAUAUAAAAUGACUCGUAAUGCCGCAAUUCGUAUGGCUUUGUUUUCAACUGGUUUCUUGGUUAUAAGUUUGAUUGCUUCGAUUAACACAUGGAUUAAUAUAUUUUCAAAUACUCCACUACAAACUGGUGUAUCUGAAAACGAUGUGGCAG